CAUCACUAUCGUGAAGAAACGUCAAACAGUUUCUGUUUAUUUCGCACAGUCACUGAAAAAGAAGAAACAGAUCGUGCAGUACCGAACAGAUCGGCGAAUAAUUUGUAGUCCGUGUAAUUUCUUAACAAUAAACAUGCUUGGAAUGGAAAACUUCCCCGAGUACGAGGUGCCUGGAGCACGCAAAGUGCAAUUUUAUCCUUACGAGUCGAACGGCGGGAGCGUUGUCGCUAUUGCCGGUGAAGAUUUUGCCGUCAUCGGUGCAGAUACACGUCUCAGCUCGGGUUACUCCAUUCACACACGCACGCAGAACAAACUGUUUCGUCUUUCGGACAAAACGGUUCUGGCAUCCACCGGAUGCUGGUGCGAUACGCUCGCACUAACCAGCCUGGUGAAGGUGCGGAUGCAAAUGUACAAGGAUCAGCAUCAGAAGAGCAUGUCAACGCCGGCUGUUGCUCAGAUGCUGUCCAUUCUGAUGUACAACCGACGGUUCUUCCCGUACUAUGUAUCGAACGUACUGGCCGGUUUGGAUCAGAACGGAAAAGGUGUUGUUUAUAGCUACGAUCCGAUCGGACACUGUGAGAUGACAACAUACCGCGCUGGAGGAUCAGCCGGACCACUGUUGCAGCCCGUGUUGGAUAAUCAAAUCGGCCAGAAGAAUAUGCUGAACGUGGAUCCGGAACCGGUCAAAAUGGAGAAAGCCGUCUCGAUCAUUAAGGACACGUUCAUUUCGGCUACGGAGCGCGAUAUCUAUACCGGCGAUUCCGUUAUCAUCAAUAUUAUUACAAAGGACGGUAUCAAGGAAGAAACAUUGCACCUCCGAAAGGAUUAAACUUUGCCUCAGGAGUGUCAAUGAAGGGGUUUUUCAUUUAUUUUUGGAUUAAUAAACAUGUAAAAUCCAUGUAAGAUGAUGAUGCGGUCAUGGAAAUUCUUUCUUAACAA